UUGCAGGCUGCUGGUUUUCAGAGGUAUUAUGGAGUUCUCAAAUCUAUUGGGGGGGGGCGGAGGAAACACUGCCCCUUAAGGCUUUGUCUUGAUCUUGGACCUCCUUCCCAAACGUAGCGAUCCUGCCAUCAGACCGGGUGUUCUGCAGAGGUGCCUUCCAGCUCCUCCUAUUCCGUGGUUCCGUGGCUGGGAUCACAAAACGCCACCUCGUUUGUCCCCAGAUGAGCCCCGCCGGGGCUGCUGGGGGUGCGAGGGACCUUCCCGAGCUCGGGGCUGCGGGGGCCGGGCCGUGGAGCGCUCCGGCCCCGCCCCGGGCCCGUCAUCCGGCGGCGCCAGGGCUGCCCCGUUGCCCGGCGACGAUGUCGGAGCGGCGGGCGCGGGGGCCGCUGCAGCGGGUGCAGCGCCGGAGCCGAGAGCUGCGGGCACAGGUGGAGGCGCUGCGGGCGGAGAGCGCGGCCGCAGCCCCCGGGCAGCGGGAGCCCCUUCGGCUGAGAUGUACAGAGCUGAAGGAAUUGGUGGAGGAGAAUACAAAGGCUCUCCAUGCUUUGAAAAAAGCUGACGAGCCUGCGCCGGUGGGGAAUUACAGCCAGAGGAAGGAAGAGGAAGAAAAGCUGUUGCUGAGACUCUCCCAGCAGCUGCAGAAACUCCUUCUUGUCUUGGAUCAGGAUAACGUGACAAGAAAUUAUCCAGGGGGUAAGGAACACCAGAAAGGCUCUCAUGCAGAAGAGGGAAAUGAAGAAGAGGAGGAGAGUGAAGAUGAAGAAAGUGAGGAGGAAGACACUGAAGAAGAAGAUGAUGAGGAGAAGUUGUUGGAUGAUCCAAAUGUUAGAGAAUGUGUUGCUGUUGGGAACUUUGAUGCCCAGCAGGAAGGGGAUCUCACAUUUGUGAAAGGUGAAACCCUGCUCAUACAUGACAAGAAGGAGGAUGGCUGGUGGGUAGCUGAAAAUUCCAAGGGGGAGAGAGGCCUCGUUCCCAGGACCUACCUUGCGGUUCCUAAGGAAGAGGAAGAAAGCCAGGAGGAGUCAGAAGAACACAUAGAAGUGGUGGAUGAAACAGCAGAUGGAGCUGAAAUUAAAAAAAGAACAGAUUCCCACUGGAGUGCUGUCCGAGCCAUUGUAGAGAAUGACACAGUGGAGGUGCUGACCACCACAGGGGCAGUUCCUGCAGGGUUUCGCCCAUCCAUGCUGUUCCAGCUCCUGGAGGAAGGUGAAGAAUUUCGAGCAAGUUACUACUUGCAACCCAAGCUUACUCCAUCCCAGCUGGCUUUCAAAGACCUGGUGUGGAACUCUGAGAGAAAUACUAUCCAUCCUAGAGCCACCAGAGUGUCCCUGAUUGUCACUUUGUGCAGCUGCAAGAUGAUCCCUCCCCCUGGGAGCGGCGUGCGCGUCCUCAGCCGGCACGUCCGGCUCUGCCUCUUCGAUGGCAGCCGGGUGCUGAGUAACAUUCACACAGUGAGAGCCACGUGGCUGCCUAAAAAUCCUCAAACUUGGACCUUUUCUCCAAGGGUGAUGGGCAUCUUACCCAGCUUGCUUGAUGGUGACUGUUUUGUCAGGUCCAACUCCCUGUCUGCAGACAUUGGGAUCUUGUUUGAGCUUGGCAUCACGUACAAGUGCAAUCAUGGACAGUGGUCUCCAGCUCCAGUUUACACAGAUAGAGCCUGUCCAUCUGGGAUAUGCUGCUGGAAAGCACAACAGUCAACAGGUGAAAGAGGAGAGCUGAGCUGUGGCUGGGCCUUUCUGAAGCUUUUCACUUCCAGUGGGAUUCCUAUUCCUUCCAAGAUGCAUGAGCUGGUCCUGAGUGGUGGAACUCCCUAUGAGAGAGGUGUUGAGGUUGACCCAUCAAUAUCGAGGAGAGCAGGCUCCGGGGUUUUUCAGCAGUUCAUGAGCCUCAGGAAGCAGCCUGUGCUUCUGGUGAAGGUGAAGUCACCGAGUGUGCACUCGAAAGACAUCCUGAAUUUUCUCCCUGAAACAUUAGUUGGGGGCAUGUGCUACAUCCACCUCCUGGUGUUUUAUCGGCAAAUCCUUGGAGAUGCCCUCCUGAAGGACAGGACGAGCAUGCAGAGCACAGACUUAAUCUGUAAUCCUGUGCUAGCAACUUUCCCUCAACUCCUGGAUCAGCCAGACCUGAUGGAUGCACUUCGGAGUGCCUGGGCUGAGAAAGAAAGAACAUUGAAGAGAAUUGAGAAGAGAGAUCAAGAAUUCCUGAAGGCUGCGUUUGUCCUGGUGUACCACGACUCUGUGUUCCCUCUGCUCUGCUCCACGUCCCUCCCCAGCUACAGAUGGGCUGAGGAGGAGGUGGAAUUGUCUCGCUGGAAGGUCAUCCAUGACUUCCUGAAGAGGAGCCAGGAGAGAGAUGGUGCCCUGGAGUACCUGCUGUCAUCAGAAAAUACCCACAGAGCCUUUGACAUCUCAGAGCUGGCCUAUGAUUUCUUAGGAGAAGUGAGGGAAAACAAUCCUGGAGAAUGAAAAAAUCAAGCUCUCUAAGGACAUGGUAAAAAUAAAAUUAAGUUCUUACCAAAGAGAUUGUGCAGGAGCUGAAUUGUAAUGGAUAUUUUAGUGCAAUUAGGAUUUUGAGAGAGAUUAAAAAUAUUUUAUCUGUUUAUCUACUGGAAAUUGUAUUUUAAGUUUUUAACUUUGCAGCAUUAAACAAGGCUCUGGUUGCCCUACCUGA